CUUCAACUCUAACUUCCUCCAAGUCUAUCAACUAGCCUUAUCCCGUGCUACCUCCUGGACGUGUCGUGCAAAUUCAAAAAUUCUUCUUUGGGAAUCAACUUGCAAUUUCAAUUUCCAAAGUCUCCACUUUACAUAAUGGUUUCAAAUUCAAUGGUAGUUGCUUCUUCUCUGUAUUCACAAUCACCUUGUGCACUCUUCGAUUCCCAGAAGCUUACUUUGUCCAAAACCUUCUCAAAACAAAGCCGGGCAUUUCUUCUCAGCAGCCAUAGAAACUUGUCUCUCCCUUACCGUUUGAGUUUGAGUUCUAAAAGGGGUCUUUCUUCUGUUUGUUUCUUCAACGCUAGAGACAAAUCUGACACCAAGUUUCACGAAAAGGAAUCUGGGUUGCAAUGGCCUAUUCUCAGGCGAUGGGAGGUGCCUUGGGAAUGGCAAACAGUUUCAUUAACCUCUCUCGCUUGUGGAUUGGGUUUUGUGUUGACAGGUUUGGUUGAGGCAACAGCUCUACCAUAUCUAGGGAUUCGACCUGAUGUGCUAAGUUUAGAUGAGAAGGCAGAGAUACUUUUUGUAGACCAGGGCAUAACAACUGCUGUUGUACUCGGAAUCAUAUAUGGUGUUGCCAACACUUUCCAACCACUCCCUGAAGACUUCUUCAAAUAUGAUUUGAGAGAACCUUUCAAUCUUCAAAAGGGUUGGCUUUUGUGGGCAGGAGCUGGACUUGUUGGUGCCCUGCUUGCCGUUGCAUUGACAGGAGCUGCUUUGUCCUUCUUUAGUGGAGAAACCCCAGAGAGAGAGACUGAUGCUCUUGUUCGCUUGCUUCCAUUAAUUGGAUCUUCAAAUGUCAGCACUGCUUGCUUGGUGGGCAUCACAGGUGUUCUCGCCCCACUUCUUGAGGAGACAGUAUUUCGAGGAUUUUUUAUGACUUCCCUGACAAAGUGGGUUCCUACACCAGUUGCUGUCAUCAUUAGUGCUGCUAUCUUUGCCCUUGCCCAUCUCACUCCUGGAGAAUUUCCACAGUUGUUUGUUCUAGGGACUGCUUUGGGGAUUUCAUAUGCUCAAACUCACAACCUUCUCACUCCCAUCACUAUCCAUGCUUUUUGGAAUUCAGGAGUUAUUUUACUUCUUACUUUUCUCCAGCUUCAAGGGUACGAUAUCAAAGAAUUGUUGCAGACAACUUGAUGGGAAAAUUUUCUCUCCUUAGCAUAGAUGUGGAGCAUGUACAGUACAGAAUACAAAUCCAUUUCUUUGUAUAACAUGCUCCCUUUCCCUAUUGUAAAAUAUAAGUCAGAUUGUUGUUUGAAACUGUGAAGAAAUAGAAAAUGAUUAUUUGAUCAUAGCAGUUGAAAUAUGCAAUGAACUUCAACAUUUUCAGCAGGCCUGAAUUUUGAUAG